CUUGUGACUGCCGCUGAUGACCCGGAUGGAUACGCUUAGACAAAGGAGCAGGCGCCAGUGUGCAAGCACAUGUCUAACAAUAAGUUGCACUAAAGCUGACAAAUGCAAAAGGUUCCUGCAGGAGUUUUACACAGAGGAUGACAGUGGGAAGAAGGUCUUCAAAUAUGGAGCUCAGCUUGUGGCACUGGCUCACAGGGAGCAGGUGGCUCUCUUUGUGGAACUGGACGAUGUGGCUGAGGAAGACCCCGAGCUGGUUGAGAGCAUCUGUGAGAAUGCCAAACGCUACACAGGACUGUUUGCCGAUGCUGUCCAUGAGCUGCUGCCCGAAUACAAAGAAAGAGAUAUUGUGGCCAAAGAUUCCCUGGAUGUGUACAUUGAGCACAGGCUGAUGAUGGAACAGAGGAGCCGUGACCCUGCAGACACUAGAGACCCUCGUAACCAAUACCCAGCUGAACUCAUGAGGAGAUUUGAACUGUACUUCAAAUCUCCCACCAUAGCUAAACCUAAAGUGGUGCGUGACGUACGAGCUGACAGCAUCGGUCAGCUGGUGGCGGUUCGAGGCAUAGUGACCCGCGCCACUGAGGUCAAACCAAUGAUGGCUGUGGCUACUUACACAUGUGACCAGUGUGGUGCUGAGACCUAUCAACCAAUCCAGUCUCCCUCCUUCAUGCCCCUCAUCAUGUGUCCCAGCCAAGAGUGUGUCACCAACAAAUCUGGAGGUCGUCUCUAUAUACAGACCAGAGGCUCCAAAUUUGUUAAAUUCCAGGAGCUGCGUAUUCAGGAACAUAGUGACCAGGUGCCUGUUGGUAAUAUUCCAAGGAGCAUGACGGUGUACGCCCGUGGAGAAAACACACGUCUCGCCCAGCCAGGAGACCAUGUAGCCAUCACUGGCGUCUUCCUCCCUCUUCUGCGCACAGGUUUCAGACAGGCUGUUCAAGGUCUUCUGUCAGAGACUUACCUGGAGGCCCACAGCAUCACCCUCAUGAACAAAUCAGAGGACGAUGAGCUCGGUAACGAGGAGCUGACUGAUGAGGAGCUGCACAACAUCACAGAUGAAGGAUUUUAUGAAAAACUAGCUGGUUCAAUAGCACCAGAGAUCUAUGGACAUGAAGAUGUCAAAAAGGCCCUUCUUCUGUUGCUGGUUGGAGGAGUCGAACAGGCACCUAGAGGCAUGAAAAUCAGAGGCAACAUAAACAUCUGUCUGAUGGGAGACCCAGGAGUCGCCAAGUCCCAGCUGCUGUCCUACAUUGAUCGUCUGGCUCCUCGAAGCCAGUACACCACCGGCCGUGGAUCAUCCGGUGUCGGUCUGACUGCAGCGGUUAUGCGUGACCCCCUGACUGGAGAGAUGACUCUGGAAGGUGGAGCUUUGGUGCUGGCUGACCAGGGUAUCUGCUGCAUUGAUGAGUUUGACAAGAUGGCCGACACUGACCGCACAGCCAUCCAUGAGGUCAUGGAACAGCAGACCAUUUCCAUUGCAAAGGCUGGCAUCAUGACCUCCCUCAAUGCCCGCUGCUCUAUUCUAGCUGCAGCCAACCCCGCCUAUGGCCGCUACAAUCCCAGGAAGAGCAUUGAGCAGAACAUUCAGCUGCCGGCUGCUCUCCUCUCCCGUUUUGACCUGCUCUGGCUGAUCCAGGACAAGCCAGACGCUGACGCCGACCUGCGUCUGGCCCAGCACAUCACCUACGUCCACCAGCACUCUCGCCAGCCACCCACUCACUUCACCCCCAUCGACAUGAAGCUGAUGAGGCGUUACAUUGCUCUGUGUAAGAAGCGACAGCCUGUGAUCCCAGAGUCACUGGCUGAUUACAUCACCGCUGCUUAUGUGGAAAUGAGGAAAGAGGCCAGAGUCAGUAAAGACACCACCUUCACCUCUGCCCGUACCCUGCUCUCCAUUCUCCGCCUCGCCACUGCCCUGGCUCGCCUUCGCACGGUGGACACUGUGGAAAAGGAAGAUGUCAAUGAAGCAAUGAGACUGAUGGAGAUGUCAAAGGACUCUCUACAAGCUGACAAGUCCAGUAGCACAAGAACCCAGCGUCCAGCCGACGUCAUCUUCUCUUUGGUGCGUGAGCUUGCUACAGAGGGCGCAGCAGGUCGGGGUGGAGCCGGUGGCGUUGUUCGCAUGGCUGAGGCGGAGCAGCGUUGUAUCUCCCGUGGCUUCACCCCUGCCCAGUUCCAGGAGGCCUUGGAGGAGUAUGAGGAGUUGAAUGUGUGGCAGAUCAACCAGGCCCGCAGCCGCAUCACCUUUGUCUGAGGAACAUGGGACACGUUGGUAUCACGGCUCUUUGAGGCCGUGAGCUUUCUACAGACUUAAACUCUGGCUCUUUAUUUUCUUGCUGCAGUAUUUUGUAACACAACUCAAGCACAACCUGGACUUUUUUUCCCCUUUGUUCUGGUAAAACUGGCCCCAUUUUGCAAGAACACCUGCUGCUUUUUUGUGUAAAAUUCCUGUUUGUUUAAAUUGCUUGCAAAUAUGUAUGUCAGAGUGUGGCGCUAUCGGCAGGUUAGAGCUUAAAACAUCCAAUUGACAUUGAGCAUUUCUGUAUAUUUAAAAAUUUGUGAUGCAAAUUAGACAAAAUAAAAUAAUGUAUUGUGGCAAUAGUUAUAAUAAAAUGGUGGUUUAGUACCACGUUCUCUCCGGUG